AUGAAUAAACAGGUAUGUGUGCCAUCAGCAGACAAUCAUGAGCUUCAAUGCUUAAAAAACAAAGUAAAAGAGAAAUUGCAGGUGUAUCCCGAUUUCCCAAAACCAGGCAUUAAGUUCAUAGAUAUUAUGCCACUACUGCGUUAUCCAUUACUGCUGGAGCACUUAUGUGAAGCUAUAGCAAAACAUGCCCAAACAGAAAUACCAGUAAAAAUCGAUGCGGUCGCUGCUUUAGAGGCUCGUUUCUUAUUCGGUCCCCAAAUCGCGUUCAUUUUGAAAGUACCUUUCGUCCCGAUCAGGAAAAAAGGAAAACUACCUGGAAAAACACAUAAAUUGGCUUACCAAAAAGAAUACGGCGAAGACGUAAUUGAAGUGCAGGAGGAUGCAAUCAGUCAAGGUACAAAAGUUUUGUUGGUGGAUGAUCUACUAGCAACGGGAGGUACUUUAAAAGCAGCUGCAUUGCUAGUUGAAAAAGCUGGUGGUGAUGUAGCCGAAGCCUUUACUUUGAUAGAACUUGCUUAUUUAAAUCCACGAAAAAAUUUGCCUGAACAUAUUCCUAUUCAUACUUUGAUAAGUUUAACUGAAUGA